AUGGCAGCCGCUCUCACCAGCUUUAUCCUCACCCAAAGCAUCCAUGCCGCACCUAUCUCUCAACAUCCCCCACCCAACAGUACAGCUUUCUCCAUAAGUUACUCGGAUGUGUGUAACGAUCUGCGCAACUGUCGGACUAUGUGGAGCAUAGUGUACAGCUGCCUCCUUACGAUAUUCGCUUGUGUUUGGACAGCAAUCCAUCCAGAUGUGCCUGAGCAAUAUUCGGGUUGGUCAUUUGGGAAGGAUUCUCGUAACAAUUCAAUGAUUGUGACGUUGGUUUCGCCCGAGGUGGCUGUUGCGGCUGCAUGGGCUGAGUUCUUCGAGGCGUGGAUAAUAUCAAAAAAGUGUGCUGGAAUUCAAGGAUGGACAUUCACCCAUUCAUAUUUUGUUACUAUGGGUGGCUUCUUCGACUCUUCCAAACAAGAGGUGGUAAAGCCAGAUAUAAAUGGAGACCCUUCUACUCUCUUUGAGAAAUACCCCGGCAUAAUCGACAAGUCGUGGGGUCAUCGAAAGGUCACGGUAACAAGGGAGGGGGUCCUUGACAGAAGCAAAGGCGAUUUUUUUUCAAAGUCCAUUGUCGUCCUCCAGUUACUGUGGUUUGCCGUUCAGUAUGUUGGACGGUGGGCAAGUCAUCUACCCAGGUCACAACUGGAAGUGAUGACUCUUGCUUAUGCAGCACUUAGCAUCCUUGUUUAUGCUUUGUGGUGGCACAAACCACUGGACGUCCAUUUCCCGAUCCAUGUAAUGGAAGAGACUGAGCCUAAUCCCUCAAAUUCCGAUGCCGUCACUGAUCCAAUAUUGCCCAAAACGGAGAACGUGUCAAAUCCAACUUCCCCCGCAGCGAAGAUCAUGGAAGCAAGUCCAAUAUGGAUAUUUUUAGUUACUGGUAUCAUUUUUGGUGGGAUUCAUUGCCUCGCAUGGUCAUAUCCAUUUCCGACGCGUGCGGAGAAACUUUUGUGGCGCAUAUCCGCGAUAAUUAUUACUGUGGGCCCUGGCCCUUUCGCAUGGGUCAUUGAAAGACAGGGACAGGAAGGAAAUGUACUCAUGAUCUUUGCAAAUCUCUCCAUCUUUCUUUAUGCUAUUGCUCGGAUUAUCCUGUUCACUCUCACAUUCACGUCUUUGCGAUCUCCACCCCCUAAUUUGUACCGAACUACAUCCUGGACAUCUUUCAUCCCCCACCUGGGAUAA